GGAGACGCUGCACCCUGGAGUUGAAGAAUCAAUGAGCUGAAACUCUCCAGGAUGGAAGAACAAGUUUUACCCGAGCUGGAUGUAGCAGAACUGGAGCUUCAGGCUGUGAUCGGCUUCAAUGGACAUGUUCCCAAUGGUCUCAAAUGCCAUCCUGACCAGGAGCACCUGAUUUAUCCCCUGGGUUGCACUGUCCUCAUCCAGGCAAUAAAUACUAAUGAGCAGAAUUUCCUACAUGGCCAUGGUAACAACGUCUCCUGUGUGACCAUCUCCAAGGAAGGAGAUUAUAUUGCCUCUGGACAAGUCACCUUCAUGGGUUUCAAGGCAGACAUCAUUCUGUGGGACUUUAAGAAGAGGGAGCUGAUCGCUCGGCUGUCACUUCACAAGGGCAAAAUCGAAGCCUUGGCCUUUUCGCCCAAUGAUUUGUACUUGGUUUCACUUGGUGGCCCAGAUGAUGGAAGUGUGGUGGUUUGGAGCAUAGCCAAGAGAGAUGCCAUUUGUGGCAGCCCCGCGGCGGGCCUCAAUGUCGGCAAUGCCACCAGCGUGGUCUUCUCUAGGUGCCGAGAUGAGAUGUUUGUCACUGCUGGGAAUGGGACAAUUCGAGUGUGGGAACUGGAUCUUCCAAAUAGAAAAAUCUGGCCAACCGAGUGCCAAACAGGACAGAUGAAAAGAAUAGUCUUGAGUACUGGAAUGGCCGACGACGACAGCUUCUUCUACCUUGGCACCACAACCGGGGAUAUUCUCAAAAUGAACCCCAAGACCAAACUGCUGGCAGAUACUGGGCCUGUGAAGGACAAAUUCAGCUUGGGAGUGUCGGCUCUCAGGUGCCUGAAGAUGGGUGGUUUGUUGGUCGGCUCUGGAGCUGGCUUGCUGAUCUUCUGUAAAAGCCCCAGCUACAAGCCUAUCAAGAAAGUCCAGCUGCAAGGUGGUAUCACCUCUAUCACGCUCCGGGGAGAAGGACACCAGUUUUUUGUGGGGACGGAAGAAUCGCACAUCUACCGCGUUAACUUCACCGAUUUCAAAGAGACUCUCAUUGCAACUUGUCACUUUGAAGCUGUCCAGGACAUUGUCUUUCCAUUUGGUACUGCUGAGCUGUUUGCUACCUGUGCCAAGAAAGACAUCAGGGUGUGGCACACCAUGUCCAAACGGGAGCUGCUUCGGAUCACGGUGCCCAACAUGACCUGCCAUGGCAUUGACUUCAUGAGAGAUGGGAAGAGCAUCAUCUCAGCAUGGGAUGAUGGAAAAAUCAGAGCCUUUGCUCCAGAAUCAGGUCGGCUGAUGUACACCAUUAACAGUGCUCACAGGAUCGGAGUGACGGCCAUUGCUACCACCAGUGACUGUAAAAGGAUCAUCAGUGGAGGAGGAGAAGGGGAGGUGAGGGUGUGGCAGGUAGGCUGCCAGACUCAGAAGCUGGAGGAGGCUCUGAAGGAGCACAAGUCUUCCGUGUCCUGCAUCAGGGUGAAGAAGAACAACGAGGAGUGUGUCACUGCCAGCACCGAUGGGACAUGCAUCAUUUGGGACCUCGUGCGACUUAGAAGGAAUCAGAUGAUCCUGGCCAACACCCUAUUCCAGUGUGUUUGUUACCACCCGGAAGAAUUCCAGAUCAUCACCAGUGGCACAGACAGGAAGAUUGCUUACUGGGAAGUAUUUGAUGGAUCAGUAAUCAGAGAGUUGGAAGGCUCCUUGUCUGGGUCCAUCAAUGGUAUGGAUAUCACUCAGGAAGGAGGGCACUUUGUUACAGGUGGCCAUGACCAUCUGGUCAAAGUCUGGGACUACAACGAGGGUGAAGUGACUCACGUCGGGGUGGGGCACAGCGGCAACAUCAUGGCCAUGCGGAUAAGUCCAGGAAACCAGUAUAUCGUCAGUGUGAGCGCAGAUGGAGCCAUCUUGAGGUGGAAAUACCCAUUUGCUUCGUGAUGGGCUCUGGAUCUCCGCAGCUUCCACCCUGUGUCGAGCACAGGCCUGUCCAGGGCCAAGUUUGCAUAACUCCAGAACCGGGUUUGAUUUCUCACACCUAUUUUUGCCCUAUAGUCAAAUUACUUUAUCUUGAAGUUAUUUGUUUACUUUAUACAAUAUGUUAACACUUACUAUCUUACAUUGUAUGUUGAAAUUGAAAUAUACUAAAGAGAAAGUUUAUCCUAUAUAUAUAUAUAUGUACUGGAUAAACUUUCAAAUUAUUAAUAAAUUAGAAGGUUCUGACCAUG